AAAGACUAUACAUAGUCUGAAAGAUCUAUCUUCACCACAACACCCAUCUAAUCAAGAAUUUCACCAACCUCAAUUCAACGAGCAUGUCGGAUGUAAAUGCGCUGAAAGACCAGGGCAACAAGGCCUUUUAUGCCAAGGACUACGACAAAGCGAUCGAGUUCUUCACAGCUGCCAUCGCCAUCGACCCUUCGAACCAUGUCCUCUUUUCAAAUCGGAGUGCUGCAAAAGCUGGCAAGAAUGAGUGGGCUACAGCGCUAGAGGACGCAGAACAGUGUAUCAAGCUUAAUCAGUCGUGGUCCAAAGGCUAUGCGAGAAAGGGGGCUGCAUUGCACGGUGCAAGACGAUAUGACGAGGCUGUCGAGGCAUUUGAAGCUGGUCUGAAGUUCGAGGACAGUCCCGCCUUGCGCAAGGGUUUACAAGAAGUGAAAGAUGCAAAGGUUGAUUUAAUCUUUAGCUAAGUUCGAGGACAGUUUUGCCUUGCGCAAGCGUUUACAAGAAGUGAAAGAUGCAAAGGGUAGCCUACCCUCGUCCAUCUAGAUGAGAUUACAUAAUGUCACACUUUUUUUGGUGGUGCUGCGCCUCCCCACCAGUGGAUAGAGA